AUGGGCAAUCAGUUGUGUGCGAGUGCUGAAGAAAAAGAGCAGAAUCGGAGAAAUGCGCAGAUUGAGCGGGAAUUGAAAAAUGAGAAGGAUGAGGCGUCGGGAAAUCAGAAGAUGUUGCUGUUGGGAACUGGAGAAUGCGGAAAGUCGACCAUUUUGAAACAAUUGAGGUAAAAUCGGUGGGGGAAAGUGUGCUCUACUGAGAUUCUUAAUUAAUCUUGCAUUAAUGUUUUCUAACUUCUAAAUUAGGUUUAAAAUGGUUUAAUGAUUUCAAAUUAAAAUAAUACAAUUCACCAUGUUCAUCAGAACAGCAACUACACUCUAUUGAGACCAGCAUUUUUCCAAAAAAUUCAAAAUUCCAAGUGUGUUCACUCCGCUGAAGAUUCCCCAUGUUUUGCAACAAAAUACAUCUAAAAAUAACCGUGAUCUUUGUCAGAUCACAUGUCCAAUUACGCAAAUCAUCUUUUUUUCUGCUUUUUUCGCCCACAAAAAAAUCUCCAGACAAUUUCAUCAAAUGAUGACUUUAUUACUAUUGUUUUCGUCAACCAAGUUUUGUUUUUGCAUGGAAAAAUUUUACUUUUUUCGAGUGAAAACACAAAAUGUUCCGGAAAUUUUCUGACCACCCGGUUAAUUAGUUAAUUAUUUAAUUAGCCAUGAUUAAUUAACAAUCAAAAUUAAAUUAGAUUUGAGAAAUUUCCGCUUUCUGCUUGAUUAGAUAAUAUCAACUAGACGUGACAAAAAGUGCAUGCUUUUCCACGUCAUAGACAACUUGGGAUUUUUGAAAAGCACUUUCAAAAAUUAUUUGAUACUCAGCCAACAAAUCGGGUAAGCAGCCAAAAUUGACUUGCUGAACUCUUGACGUAGUUGUUGUUUUUUGUAGCCGCAGAUACUGUAAUACAUUUUCGGUCAAAAAGGUCUGCGGAUUUUUCUGGAAAAAAAGAUGAAAUUUGUAGUUUGACUCUUUCGGCGGACAAAAAGUUAUUUUUGGAAAAAAUAAUGAGGGGAGAUUGAAGAAAUAAUAGAGAGUUUGCAAUGGAGCGCAUCUUAGCUUAUCUCGGAGGUUUCUGAAACUCCAAAAUCACUUGGAAAUAGAUUUUUAUCAGUGGAGCGCAUUUGGAAUAAAUCAUAGAAAAGAACGGUUAGCAGUAGAGCACACAUGAAAUAAAGCAUGAAAAUGAAUCCGGGAAAAUAUGAUAUUCAAAAAAAAAACAAAUCAAAAAGAAAAUUAUCAAUGGGACGAAUUUGAAAACUCUACCAAGAAAAAUUUUGAAACAAAAUCCGGAAAGAACUGAAAUCCAAAAAAAAUCUAAGAUUCAAACUUCUUCGAAAACCCCAUCGAUUAUCACGAGAGCAUAUCCAUUCCAGAAUUCUUCAUUCAAAUGGCUACACAGUAUCCGAACGUCAAGCUAUGGUACCAGCAAUCUGUAGUAACAUAGUCUCCGGAAUGGCACAAAUCCUACGGGCUCGCGACAAAUAUUUCUACAUUUCUGUGAGCAAAGAAACCGAAGACGAUAUUCAACAUAUUAUUCGAUUAUCCGAAAAUUGUAAGAUGAGAGAGAAGUUUGGACAAGUCACUUUUGAAGCAUUGCUAAGAUUGAGAGAAGAACAGAAAAUUAUCAUGUUGAUUCAAGAAUGCAAUACAUAUCCACAUACUGAACAUCUUGUUUAGUGAGUUUGGGAGAUCACGACCAUACAAGGCGCCCGUUGAGUCAGACGCGAGACGACGAGAGUAUUUUGCAAAAAUAUCUCGAGAAUGAAUUUCGCUUCGAGAUAUUUUCAAUAAAACAUGUGUUCCUUGAAACAAAAUACGGUAUUUUUUCAAAGGGACACAUAUUUUUUCAAAAAUAUCUCGAAGCGAUGUCUUUCUCUGUCUCAGAUGACGUCAUCAGACUCCCGUCGUCUCUUGUCUGACCCGAGGGGCAAUUUUCUAUUGGAGUAAAUGGUCGUGAGAUCGAGGGGAUUUGCUUAAAAUUUGACAGAAAAUAGUUCACAUUCUGUAUUUAAGUUCCUCGUGAUUCGUAUGCUAAUUUUUCUCAGCAGAAAGUGUUGUCAUGAUUAAUAAUCAUCAAUUCAAUUUUCAGCUUUUUGUGGAAAUUGGAAAAAAUUUAUGAUGAUUCAUUCGUGCCAAGCGUUGAAGACAUUUUGAAAGUUCGAAUCGCGACAACUGGAGUGGUAAAGUUCGACUUUGAUGUCAAGGGAACUAUUUUCAGGUGAGACUUAAUUGGAAAUUAUUAACAAUAAGUUUUGUAUGUUUUUCCUCAUUAAAUAAAUGAAAACAAAUUAGAAUGAAAAAACAAGUGAUUCAAAAAAACAUAUUGUACAUUUAUUUAUCAAAAGAAAUUUGGAACAGUGAAAAAUACGUUUUAAAAAUAUUUGAAAAUCUGACAGGAUUCGGGAAAAAUUGUUUCAAUGUUUAUAUAAUACGAAAUAUAAAAGAUCCCGAUCACCAAAAUUGAGAGUUCUAAUCAAAUCUACACAAGCUCUUAGAAUAUGUUUACAAAAUCAUAAAACAUGUAUAAAUGUUUAGAAUGAACUUGAAAGAAAAUUUUAAAGUUCACCGAGAGACUAGAAUGCACAUGUCUUUCAGAAAAAUCUUAGGCUUUCAAGUUCUGAAUAAAUUUGGAAGUCUCAAUUCCAACUCAUCUCUUCAGAAAUUAUAGGAGGUUUCUCUUGACAAAAUUUACCAUUUCUAAAUAGUUCUAGAUGAUUUUCUAAAAAUCUAAAACCUUACCGAAUGUCCUUCUUUUUCCAGUGUAAUUGACGUCGGUGGUCAACGCUCAGAACGUCGUAAAUGGAUUCAUCAAUUCGACAAUGUCAAUGCAUUGAUCUACAUUUGUGCAAUCAAUGAAUACGAUCAACAACUAAACGAAGAUCAAAGAUCAAAUCGAAUGGAAGAAUCAUUUGCUCUUUUCGACAAACUUUGCAAUAGUCGAUUCUUCCACAAAACUUCGACCAUCCUAUUUUUGAACAAAAAAGAUUUGUUCGAAAAAAAAAUCCAGCACACUUCAAUUCGAACUUUGUUCAAAAAUUAUGCGGGACAAGACGAACUCGGACAAUGCAUCGAAUUUUUGACGAAAGAAUUCGAAAAAUUGAAUACAAAUCAUCGAACCAAAAGAAUUUAUACACAUGCCACAUGUGCAACUGAUACAAAUCAAGUGAAUAUUGUGAUUGAGGCGGUGAUUGAUAUUGUUGUUAGUGAUAAUUUGAGAGGAACUGGAAUGGAGUAAGAGAGAGAGAAAGAGAGAAAGAAAGAAGCGCCAAUUCCCACGUCUUCUAAACCCAGAUUUUUCUGUAUAUUUUGACCAACUUUUCUUUAAGUUUUAAUUUUUUUUAUUUUAGACAAAUACUGAAUAUGACCACACAAAACAGCCUCCGCAUCUUUUUAUUUUGAUUGGAUCACUCCAUCUAAAAUUAGUAGUGGUCCGUUUUAAAAUGGUCCCAUUCAGUAUUUGCCUAGUUUCUAAGUAUUAAUUUUUAAUUUAUCCUAAUUUAUUCACUAACUAAUUUAUUGUUUUUUGAGAACAAAUUAUUUAAUCCCUCUCGCUAUUUCCAAAGUUAUUUUCAUUUUUGUUGGUUUUUUUAAUAAAUAAAAAAUUUUUUGGAAAAAAUUCCACGUGUUAGAAUCACAAUUUUAACGCUGAAAAUUGCAUAAAAUUGUCAAAUGAAAAAACCUCAAUUUUUUACGUUUCAAAAAUUCUAGAAUAAUUUUUUCGAAAUUUGUUUUUCUGAUAAAAUUAGUGGAGAUUUAGGAAAACAAUAAUCCGAAAUGCAUUUUUCCGGGAAAGAUUUGGUGCCAAAAUUGCCACGUUUUAAAUUUUUAAAUUUUUUUGAAAUAAAAAAUCUUGUUUUUCUUUUUCAUUUUCAGCUGAAAAACAAACAAACAAAUAACGAUUUUUUUUGUUUUUUUUUUCAACAUUUUUUAUUUUUUGCUCAACUUGAUGAAAAAAUGUUAUUAGUAUUUUUUUUGAGGAAUUUUUGGCGACAGAAGUUUUGUUUUGUUGCAGUUUGGUUACUGUAGAGUUUUCCACUUUGAGUUACUGUAGUUUAUCUUCAGAAAGUUACUAUGAUUCUUUUGCAGUCCAAAAUUUCAAAUAAUUUUUCAUUUUAUUGAAGCGUAGUACGCGCGGUUUAUUUUUUUCUAUUUUUUUUUGAAUUGGUGGGAUGGGUUUUAAAAUUUUUUAUAUUUAACAUGAAAACUUCAGAUUUGAAAUUUUUAAAAUUUUUCAAAAAUUGUUCCCUAAAAUAAUACAUAAUUCUACAGUUCCACAAAAUCCAAGUUUUUUCCAAAUAAUAGUAAUAUUUGAUUGCGUGUGCUGUGUCCUUGUCGCCCAAAAACCUCCUCCUUUUCGUUUUUUUUGCGACUCUUCAUUAUUUUUUUUUGCCGCAUUUUUCUCUCGCCCACCCUCUUCGGUUUCCACACUCUCUCGCCUCUCGUUCGCCUUUUUUUUGUUCCAAAGUAUCUUCGAUCAAUAAAUUUAGUUAUUUUAUUUUAUUUUAUAUUUCACAUUGCCAAUUCAUUUUAUGUUUCUCCUCCUAAAACACCAAUUUUCUUUCUUCUCAAAAAAAAAUUAAAAAAAUAAUUUAUUUUAUUUAGGAAAUCUGAAAUUUUUGGAGAAGCUGACGUGAGUCUGGAAUUUUUCGGUGAGUUUCUACAGUACCAGGGUUAUUUAACGGGGUAUCCCUUUAAAAAUGUCUAGUAUUGUAGUUCUGAAUUUGCAUGUCUCUUUGAACUUAAUUACAGUAACUCUGCAUAUUUUGGAAUGUUCCUUUAAACAUUCAACGUGUGUAACUGUGGUUCCUAACGUGCCCUUAAAUUUUUCUACAAUAACCAGAGGUUUCGACCGCUUUGUGGAUUACUGUAUGUUUUCAACAUCUGAAAAUUCACGUACCUUUAAAUUUAUCGAAUAUACAUGAUUCUUGAUUUUUUUGGAUAUCCCUUUAAAAAUUCAACGUAUGUUCCUGUUGUUCUGAACUUUCAUGUCUCUUUAAAUACUCCUACCGUAAUCUUGUUUAUUUAUUAUGAAUGCUCCAUUAAAUUUUUUUUACAGUAAUCAGUAGUUUUGACCCGUUUUUGGAUGUACCUUUGAAUUAAUCUACAGUAUCCCUGCACGUUUUUGGAAUAUUCUUUUGCAAUUUACUCACCGCAAUGGGGUGAGUCAAUCGAAUUAAUCGACAUAAAAAAAUGAGUCUUUUUAGGGCGAUUAAUCUCACGUUUUUGUCAAUUAAUAGCAUUCAUUUCUAAAAAAAUGCGAUUAAUUGACAAAAACGUGAAAUUAAUCGCCCUAAAAGACUCACUUUUUUAUGUCGAUUAAUUCGAUUGACUCACCCCAUAAGCUUUUUCAAGAUUUCUGAUUACUGUAGCAUUUCAUCAUAUGAAAAUUUAUCUUCCUUUAAAUAUCCUUACCGUAAUCCUCUUCAUUUUGGUAUUUUCCUUUACAUUUUACCUAUGCUAACCUAAUAGUUUCUUCAGGUUUUCGAUUACUGUACUUUUUAUUUCUUGCAUGCUCCUUGAAACUUUCUGUUUUCAAAUUACUGUACUUUUUCAUCAUCUAAAAAAUAUUGCUACGUUAAUUCAUGAAAUUUUCUAUUUACAGUACUUUCAGAUUACUGUAUAUUCAUUUUUCUUAAUGUUCCUUCAUGAUUAGUUUAUUGAUCUACAGUAGUCCUAAUAUGUUCUGAUCUGAAAAUGAUGUUCCUUUAACUUUUCUACAGUACUUCGUAAAUUUUUAUAAACAAACAGACAACGUGUUUUUUCAACACUGAAAUUCCAGAUAUCAAAUUUCUACUUAUUGUUAAAAUUUUUUAGAAAAUUUUCAGCCACUCCAUAAGUCUUUCCAAAAUUAAUUAUAUGUAAAUUUUCUCAACUCACCGCAAAAAUUCAUGCUUUUUCGCCCAUUUUCGUCUUAUUCUUCCAUCUUUUUUCACAUAAUUACAUUUCUUGACUCGAAAAAAGAAAAAUCCGAUUUUUCACACUUUUUUUGAGUUUGGCGACAAAAUUAUUUCCUUUUUUUUUUGAAAAUUUACAAACUUGAGGAACUGCAUCAAUAAAUCCAACAAAGUUUUUUUUUAUUUUACAGAAGUUUUGAAACAGUGAUUUUUUUUUUGCAAAAUUUAGUUCGUUCAAGUUUCGAGGUUCUCUGGCAUGUGCCUUCCAAAAGCCUACAGUAGUCCAAAAAAUUAUAUUUUUAGGGUACUGUAGAUUUCUCAAAAACUCGCGCCUUUCAAAAAAUUGCAGUUAUUCUAAGAAAAUUUGAAAAUCAUUUUUAAAUUCUGAAAUUCUAUUAUGUUCCUUUAAAGCAUCUACAGUAACCCAGAAGAACUUUAUUUGUAUGCAUAUUUCAUAGUCUUUUGUCCCUUUGAAAAAUACCUAUAGUAUUCCUGAAGACUAUUAUUCUACUUUACCUACCUCUACAAUACUCCAAAAAUUUCCUGGUACUGAAAAUUUCAAGAAUGCGUGUGACGGUGAAAUCAUUUACAGUAAACCUAAAAUAAUUACUGAGGAUAACUGUAGAAUUGAAUUUCACACAUGUUCCUUUAAUAAAAGUUACAGUACUACGGUGAAACCUUUUUGAUUUACUAAAUUUUUUUGAAAUUUUAGAAUGUUCCUUUAAAAAAGCCUACAGUUUUCCAGAUUCAAUUUUUCAGGUAUACUGUAAUUUUUCUUCAGAAAAUUAUUAUUGCUUUUUUGUGCUAUGAUCCUUUGAAACCUACAGUACCUCUCUCUACAGUACCUCAAAUGAUUCCGAGAAAAAACCUAUUUUUUUCUAAUUUCCGGUCCCCAUAUUUUUUGGCUGCCCAAAAUAUUUAUAAACAAAAAACUGGCGAAUAAAUCAAAAAAAGAAGAAGAAAAGUGUUAUUAUUAUUAUUAUUUUUGAUUUCGCUCAAACUCACGGAAAACUCACAAACUCACACAAAAACACUCAAUUUUCCCCUAAAUUUUUUUUGUCUUCCCAUUUUUUUCUGUGUGUGAAUGUCCCUCUUUUCUCUUUAUUUGUUGUGUCACAAAAUUUUAUUUCGAAAAAUUUUCUUCUUCUUUUAAACCUUAACAAAGUUAGUUAUUCAGUUUUUGAAUUUAGCCAACUUGGAAUUAAUUUUAAUUUCAGAUUUUUUUGUUCUUUCAAAACGCUCCUGAAUUUUUCUUUCAAAAAAAAAAGAAGAAAAAUGUUUUUUUUGUGUGGAAAAGUAGUAUAAUAAAUAAUGUAAUAAUUAUCGAUUCGGUUUUUUUUGAGCGUCGCUUUUUUGGGGCGGAGGACAGCCCGAAAAAAAGAAAAGUGAAAACUUUUCUCGCACCCAUUUUUGCCUAGGAUUUUGGCUAUGAUUUGGAGAUUUUUUGUGAUUUAGCAUAACUUCGAACAGAACUUUUAUUUUUUGAAAGAUUUUGGUUCCAAAAAUUUUCGAAACUUUUUCGGCAAAUUGUUGAUAUUCCACAUGAAAUUUAGUAUUUCAGAAUCCACGUGGAAAAUUUUGAAUUUUUCAGAAUUUUGGUGCCUAGAAGGUUUUUUAUACAUUGUUUUUAUCCUAACUUCAUUAAGUUUGUAGCUAAAAAGAGAAAUUUUUAGAUUGAUUUUAUUUAAAUUUUUCAAGACUACAGAACUGGUGCUAAAAAUCAAAGUGGAAAAAAAUUCAUCUUGAUUUUUGGUGUCAAAAUUGUUCGAAACUCAAAUUUCUCUCAAAAAAAUUGAGCUAAAAAUAAUUUUUUUCAUUUUUUUUGAAAUGAAAUGACGUGAGCCUUCUUUUCAUUUUAAUUUUCAUUUCUAAAAAUAAAAUUGUUCAGAAACGUUUCGCUUUCCAAAUCUAAAAUUCAAAAAUUUACACUAACUUUUGCCACGUCAUUGCUUUUUGUUUUCAAAUGUGAGUCCCAAUUUCUUCAGAAUUUAAAUUUUCCGCAGGCAUCGGGAAUCGAACUUGAGACCUUUUUCUCUAAAAAUCCAAAAAUUUCCAAGAAAAAAGUCGUAAGUUCAAUUUCGCAUGCCAGCAAAAAACUUUUUUUUCCUAAUCUCUAAUUUUUCCACUUUUUUUCAGAUGAAAAAAAGGAGGGAAAAUUGGGGGGCCGCAGCACAAAAAAGGAGUAUACAUCCAUAUAUUUUUAUAUAUGCGCGCAAGAAGAAAAAAAACAGAGACGACAGAAUUUGAGAGAGAGCAUUGAUUUUUUGGUGUUUCUUCCAGAGUAAAUUGAAAAAACACACACUUUUUUCGACAUUUUUUGGAGGGGAAAAAGUUCGUGCCGCAGGUUUGCAAGUAGACCACGCCCACAAAAACGUGUCUUGGUAUUUUUGACUUUUCCGAGACAGUCUUGUGGGCGGAGCUUAGCUUUCUUAUACCUUGAAAAUAAGCCCCACCUAUAAAACUGUGUCUUGAAAAAUUCAAAGUUCCAUCAGCUGAAACUUGAUAUUUCAAGGCACAGUAUUGUAGGCGGAGAUUUUUUGUAAAACAUGAAUUUUCCCCAACUUCACUUUUAAGCCACGUCCACAAAAUUGUGUCUUGAAAAAUUAAAAGAUUUCAAGAAAAUUACAGCUGAAACUUUCUGGGAACCUUGAAUUUUUCUAGGCACAGUCUAUUGGGCGUGGCUUAUUUGCAAACAGAUUUUCUCAGAUUUUCCAAAUAGACCACGCCCACAAAACUAUGCCUGGAGAAUCCCAAGAUUUUCAGGGAAUUUCAGCUUAAAUUAAUUUCUUCUGAAAUUUUCUGCGAAACUUGAAUAUUUAAAGGCAUGGUGUUGUGGGCGUGGCCUACUGUGAUUUUUCGAAAAAUAAACCACGCCCACAAAACUGUGCCUUGCGAACUCCACAGAAUUCUCCAAGGUGCAAUUUUAUGGGCGUGGUCUACUUAUUUUCCCAAUUUCUAUAUUUUUUCGGGGAGAAAAAGAACUUUGUCCCCCCAUCUCCAUCUCCUCACUUUCUCUGUUUUUCCCAUAUAAUAUAAAAUUUUAUAAUGUUAUAAAUAACUGCUGAAAAAUCAAUACGUAAUAUGAUAUUCUGCUUGUUUUUUUUAUAAUUUUGAAAUUCUUGGAAAAAGUUAGUUUGAUGAUUUCUGGGUCAAAAUUUUUGGUUUUUCCGUGAGAAAUUCGAGUUUUUCGGUGAUGAUGAAGCGAAAUUUUAGUGUUUGUGUGUGUGUGGAAAAAACAAGAAAAUAAUCGAUUGACUUAUGUGUCCUGGCCUAGUGGUUUUGUGUCCACCCCGUCUUUUUUCUUCUUCUUUUCUUCUUCUCCUCGCACACGCUUUUCUUUAUGUAUGUUUGUAUUAUUUUUGCGGGUUACACACACUUUUUCGUCGUCUCAUUUAAUUUUUUUCUCAUUUUGAGAAAAACUCGAUAACAACAUUCUCCAAAAUCUCAACUUUAUUGUCAAUUUUUCUUCUCUGAAGCCAUUUUUUCAAAAAAUUUCAGAUUUCCUGGGGAAAUCUGAAAUUUAAUUUUUUUAUUUUUGAGAUUUCAGUUUUUUGGUUGAAAAGAAAAAUGAGGAGAGGAGGACGGAAAAUCAAUAUUUGUCUCGGGAAAAUGCAGAAAAAAGUUUUGCAAUUAUUUAGGGCACCAUUUUCAGAUGAAAACUUUCAGCUUGAUUUUCAGCUCAAAUUCUGGGCUUUUCUGCAAUUUCAGCUCACAAUUAAAAGUUCUGUGAAUUUCUUCCUAAAUCCCAAUCAUUUCUGCAGUUUCUGAAAAUACAAGAUUUUGAAGUCAAAUUUUCAGAUUUUUCAUGGAAACAUUGAAUUUUUGAUAAGGUGUUUAGAUUUUCCACAAAAAUAGAAAAACUACAAUUUCCUAAGUCUACACAUUUUCUCAAUUAAAAUGACUGAUUUUCAGGUUAAAAACUGAUUUUAUUCACUUAAAAACUCGAAAAAUCCUGAAACUCCCUGAAAUCUCUUUUUCUCUCUAAUUUUCAAAUUUCUAUGAAACCUCCUAAAUUCCAGCUGAUUAAUUUUGACCUCGCCAAUUUUUCAAAACUAAAAAAACACCUUCUAACACAGCAACACCCGCAGAAAUGGUGAAAACCCGGUGGAAAAAAAAUGAAAAUUUCAAAAUUGUUCAGUUCACGUUAGAGCGCACAAGCUCAUGUGGCCUAGAAAAAACGUGAGUUUUCUAGGCCGGCGCUUUUUUUUUUGAAAAUUUUUCAUUUUUCCCACUUUUUUCAGCUUUAAAAACAAGGGGUUUUUAAUUUGAAAAGAAUAGAAAACCAUCCCCAAUUUAAUGAAACCAAUAAAUUUCUCCAAAAAAUCAUCUGCCCUCUCAUUUUUCCAACAAAAAUUGUGUUUUAAAACGAUUUUCGCUCUUCUCACGGAGGCAGGCAAAGAAAGAAAGCAAGGCCCAAAUAAAGGUUAUAUUUUUAUUAUUAUACGGAGGGAGGGAUGGUGUGAUGUGCGCAACAAAGCUGCCCUGAUGACAAGGACGCCUGUUUGCUCAUUUCUCUCUCCACUCUCCACACCUCGUCACACUCUCUCAUUCACCCCUAAAACCCGACUUUCUCUAUGUCUCUCACUAUCUCGCAUGCGUUCGGCAUCUUUUUUUUUUGAUUUGUGAAUUCCAUUUUUCUCUUUUUCUGGAAUAUGCUGGCGGUUUUAUUGGGGUUUUCAAGGAUUUCAUUGAAAUUUUUAGGUUUCCUGAAAGUUUUCGAAGAAUUUCAGAGAUUUCCAGAUUUUUUCGGAAAUCUGAAAAUUCCUGAGGUACUUGAUGAUAAUUGAGUGAAAAUCAAUAAUUUAGUAGUAGCGCGUGCAGAAUUUUUCUAGGAAACGAUUUCGUGAAAAAUCAGCAUUCCCACAUUUUCGUGGUACUCUGAAAAAUCUGAAACCCUGAUUUUUCAGAUUUCACAAAUAAAGUGUUCUGAAAAUCAGAUUUUCCAAGAAAACUUUUAAUUGGUUUGAGGCUCAAAAUAGUUUUCAGAAAAACUCGGAUUUCCAGCUGAAAUUUGAAUCCUGAUUUUUUUUUCAUCCAAAAUCUGAAAUUCUUCUGAAAAGCUGAAAAUUCAGAUUUCUCCAUGAAAUGGGUUUCCAACUAAAUAAUUCUGAAAAUCUGAAAUUUUCGUGCAAAUUCAAAUUUCAACAAAAAAGUUCAUCACUUUGAAUUCGAGAAAAAAUAUGAAAAUCCCGGUUUUCGAACCCAAAUUUCCUCCCGCCAAAAAAUCCAAGCCUUGUGAAAAAUCAAUAAUUCAAAAAUUCCACGUGUUCAAUUAAUUAUUCCGUGACAUUUCUCUUUUUCUUUCUCUUUUCCUAAAAAAAUCAUCAUUUCUAACUCGAUAUUUGUUUGCAGAGAACAUCAUUCAUUAA